AUGGCUCCUAGUAAAAAUCCGCUCCCUCCGCCUUUCGCUCCUAGUCGACCUUCUACUCGCGCGAAGAAUAAAGAUGUUCGCCCGGGUGUUGUCGACAUGCCUAAACCACGCCGUACACCUGCAGAAAUGCAGGCCAUCCGAGAUCAGCAAGCAGUCGAUAAGCAGGAGAAGGAACGAAACCAGGAGAUAGCCAUGAAGAAUGUGGCUGAGAUUGAAGACCAACAGCGCCAAGAGGACCUUCAACGUAUCGCCCAAUCGAAUGUUCGCAAGCCACGAGUUGCCAGUUUCCGACCACCUGCUCCUCCUACACCUGCUCCUCCUAUGGAAAUUGAUGUUGAGGAUGAGAUUGGUGGACCUGGUCAUGCUCAAGACUCAGCUCUGCCACGGCGACCAGUUCGGGCGGCUCGAAAUGCAACAAUCCUGCCAGAUGGCAUGGAGUCUGAUGGUAGCGAUAAGGAUCGGUACCAGCCAGAAGACCAAGAGGGCAGCGAUGAAGAUGAGGUGGGGAGCGAGGAUGAGGAUGAGGAUGGGAGUGAAAAGGAAGUUACGUCCAAGAAAGGCAACAAGGCCAAACCUGGACGCCGUGAGAUUGCAGCCAUUCGAACCACCGCUCCCACCUCAGGAUCUCAAGCUGCUGUUGAACAAUCAAAACGUCGUCAGCGGAGCCCAAGCCGAAGCCCUCAGCCUCUAGCCAAGAAACCUAAAAAGUCGAACCAGCCACCUUCAGGCCUUCGUGCUGGCUGGGACUCUGCUAUCAAAGCAAAAUCGAUUGGGCCGGCUACCAAAACGGACGAUGACGACUCACUGGCACGGUAUGGAGGGAUGGUUGGCGACGAUGAAGAUGAUGAAGUGGAGCGGUCAGUCGUUGUGAAGGACAAAGGGUCGAAACGGGGUCCAAGCCAAUAUUCAUCCACCCUGAAAAUAGAAGUGGUGUCGUCUACCCCUCGCACGCAACGUGAAGCCCGUGGUGGAAGCGGAAGAAAAUGGAAGCUUGAACACCUUCCAAAGGGGACAUCAGAGGUAUUUACGAACCAGCUAGUCCCUCUCGCGAAGGGUCUCGCAGGCUCGCUUCCUCCUUGGGAGGGCCUUUCAAAGGAACAAGUCCAGGAGCUUGUGGACAAGAUUUACGGUUCCGCCCAGUACACCAUUCAGGAUGCCCCAACCGAUCCGUGGGGUCCGCUGAUUAGUUAUCGCUUGAAUAACUGGCGAAAUGGGUUUGCUACCAAGGCUGCCGAAGCGCUGAAGAGGUACAUUGAAGUUGAUCAGGCCGAAUACUUUGACGACAGUCAAGUUAUUGCUGACUGGGGACGACUCCAAAAUCCACUGGUUCUGUACACGCUGGCACUUGCCCACUUUGCAGAAUGGGAGGACGUACCCGACCCGGAGCGCCUCGGCGAGAAUGAGAAACCAUACGGCGCAUUUAUCCUAGCCCUUCAAGCGGUUCAGCACUCCCUGAAGGCUUGGAAAACAGGAGAGUAUGUUGAACCUAAGGGCAGUCAUAACCACUUCUCGGCUGACAACUACGGCGACCGUACUGAACGGAAAUCGGAGAAGGGUAAGACAGUCAAUGUCCUUGUUCGCCGUGCAACUCAGUACAUGCCCACGGUCAAAUCUCUCUCGAAGAACCACUGGGAUGCCAUCUUCGCAGAGAUUGCUGGCAUUCUAGCUGAUAACAAGCCGAAGCGUAAACGCUCGCGGUCAGCAUCAUCUGGCGGAAGUGAAGCCCCUGAAGAAGAGGAAGAUGCUCAAGAAUACAUACUUGUCUCUGAUGACGACGAGUAA